CUCGACCGCUCACUCCCUUCACUUUACCGAUAGAUGCAAGGUUUGUGCUGCCCGCCACCACCUCCUAGCAGCCGUGCAUUCCUGCCCUGCAUGCGAAUGCCAAAAGAACAGCAAAAAUCGCAAGAGUCCAGUCGCUGUUUUCGCGGACGGCUGUUGCUGCAACAGUUUACCCAGUAACUCAACUUCAAAUGCACUUUUUUUCGUAUUAAGCACCUGGUCGAGAAGAAUCCUCAACGCUUCCGUGUUACAGAAAGAAGGAAAAGCAUCGAACAAUCUGUGAGCUGUGAACACAUUACCAUAGGCAGAAAUACUAUGUUUCUUUGACCUGUCUUACUAAAUCUGCAGUAAUUCUGUGGAGACACCUGCUACGGAAAGUUGUAAAGAACCUUACGGUCAAGCAUUACCUUGCACUGCUGCUAAUUUCUUGCAAAUAAACUAAAGAGGGGCUGCAAAACUAUGCUCAUCAUAUUAGACUGGUUUAUUUGAUUUAAUUGCUGCGGCGUCUUUAGAAAUUGCACAUCUUGUUGUUACUGUCCCGUUAAAAGUCGGUCAAGUGAAAACAAGUGAUAUUGGUUGAGAAAAAGAAAAUGAAAGCUUGUUAUGAUGUUGGCCUGCCAACACCCACCACAGACAGUCUACACUGAGGUGUUUCUAAUGAUCGAUCACCAGUGACUAUUGGACAGUCGUUCUAUUUGUAGUUUGUUUUUGAACUCGAGCUCAAAACGAAAAAAGUUAAGAAUUCUGAAGGCUGCUCAGUUGCAGAAGUGUCCGUAUACUGUGACCACGACAUGUCGAAACCAGUGGAUCAUGUUAAGCGACCAAUGAAUGCAUUCAUGGUGUGGUCAAGAGCACAACGCCGAAAAAUGGCCCAGGAAAACCCGAAGAUGCAUAACUCCGAAAUUAGCAAGCGCUUAGGUGCUGAAUGGAAACUCCUCAGUGAGUCGGACAAACGGCCCUUUAUUGAUGAAGCCAAACGGCUGCGUGCCAUGCACAUGAAGGAACACCCGGACUAUAAAUAUCGACCACGUCGUAAGCCCAAGACUCUCCUUAAGAAGGACAAAUUUGCUUUUCCAGUGCCCUACAGCUUAGCAGUUGAGCAUGAUGGCUUAAAGGCUGGUGGCGGCCUGCCACCAGGGAUCCUGUCAGAUUCCUUGCUUGCUAAUCCCGAAAAGGCAGCUGCAGCAGCAGCUGCAGCCGCAGCUCGGGUGUUUUUUCCUCCAGCAGCUAGCAGCCCAUACUCCCUUUUUGAGCUUGGCUCUAAGAUGGCCGAGCUAUCCGGCUCUCCACUGUCAUAUGCCUCACCUCUCACAGCUUACCCAGGUGCGGCUGGAGCGUUUGGCAGUGCUGGAGGCCACGGACACACGCACUCACACCCGUCUCCGGGCAACCCAGGUUACAUGAUCCCUUGUAACUGCAGCGCCUGGCCUGGCCCUGGGUUGCAACAACCUCUCGCCUACAUCUUGCUACCUGGAAUGGGCAAACCUCAACUGGAACCCUAUCCAUCCUAUGGUACGGCCUUAUGACAACAGGGGACUAAUUUAAUGGAGCCCCUCACUACUGGGGCUGGAUACAAUCAACAAUGCGUGCGCUCCGGGCGAGGCAGUCCAAGGUCCUGUUUGCCUGCAAUGAACUGGGUGUGACUUGCAAUUCUAGCAAGAUCCUUGUGGUCGUAUUAGUUACAGACUCUGAAAGACUGAUGUUUAUUUUUGAAAACAAAAAUGAACAAACAAUUGGAACUGACACCUCAUGUUUUUGCGGCAGGUAUCUCGCAACAGUGAGAAUCUUAACAGUGUGCAGAAGGGAAAGCUCACCGUAAUCUGUGGCAGUUGUUUGGCUCUGUUUCUGCUUGUUGCGCUUGUUCUUGGAAACUCUUGCAAAUAUAUUGUUACUAAGGGUCGAUAAUCAUUCCCUGCAGUCGACUAACUACCUGUUGAUUAUGGAAUGUGUGUUCGGUGUAGUUGCACCUGAGGAAUGUUUCGCCCUCACUCCCUGCUAUUUGUCACAUUUAGACACGGUAUUCUGUAAGCAGCCAAGUAACUGAGCGACAGGAAGAAAACAAAGUUGGACUAAAUGUCGUCAUAUGCGCCAGUAAAUGCACUGGGCUGGUUAUUUCCAGUCAUGUAAGCUUUGUCUCUCUCUCUCACACACACACACACUCGUUAAACUGAGACUAUGUAGUCAAGAAAGAAGUGAAAGCUAUCCUUCUUUACUAUACUGGUUAUUGUCACAUAUGCCUUCCUGACUGGAAAUGACAUGUACUGUACAGCAGCAAAACUAGACACAAAUUCAACGUUUUCCAACUUCCAGGGAGGUUCCUGCAGAGAUACUCACGUGUAUUAUUCCCUCUCGUUUUUGUGGAGGCACCACAGGUCUGCAAAAGACUGUAAAUGUGUACAUUUGUGCAAAAGUCUUAGGUUUGUAGUUACAUAUUUUCUAUCUUUUCCCAAAUGAUAUACAGUGUUUUCUUAACUCAGAAUUUAUUAGUGGUUUACAUAAAUUAGGACAACCAUAUGAAGCAGUUGACACAGGACUGAUGAAAACAAAUAUGCUAAGGACUGAACUUUCUAAAACUAUUUGCAUAUUUAUUAUUACGUUCAACACUGUAUAAGCCCCCCAUUUCACUCAUUCAUUUGGUACAUGGGCAACACUUGAAGAGUGGAACUGUAUUAAACUCUGGGACUGCCCUUUUCCAGUUUAGGUACCACCCUAAACAACGUGUAUCUGAAUGAAAUUAUAGAAAAAAUAGCCCCUCACUUCUAAUUUUUAACUGUUUACUUUUCAACAUGUAUGGUUGGAUAAAUGUCUGUAAAUCCAGAGAUUUUCAGUUCUGCGUUUAUAUGAUUUCAAGUAUUCAUUUGAACUAACGUUUUCCUGCUAUUGCUUUCGUUGUGUAUAUUUUUGUUUUAAUUUAAUGUUAGGCGGUUAAUCUAUCUGUGUAAAUAAAUUGCUUAAUAUUUUCUUUAUUCUUUUGGAAUAAAAACGGUUUAAUAAAGCCUAAAACAUA